CCGUCACAGCGACUCGUUCACCAGGGCCGAGCUCCAGCAGAGAUAGCAGCGGCAAGCAGGCACUCACACGCCGCGCAGGCUAACUCGCUUUCGGCUUUGGUUCGAGAUGGAGACCCGUUGCACCGCGAGGCGCUGCGGCGCGCGCAACUUUAAAGGUGGACUUACCUUGUGGCUGAUACUGUGGCUGGUGGUGGUGAAGCCGGGCGGGGUAUCUGCAUGUCCCAAGCUGUGUGUGUGUUACCCUUCGCCCAUGACGGUCAGCUGCCAGUCCCAGAACAUCACCAUAGUGCCGGCCGGCGUGCCGUAUGACUCACAGCGUGUUUUCCUGCAGAACAACCGCAUCACGGAACUGCGCGCGGACUCUUUUGGCUUUGAGACACAGGUGCUUUGGCUUUAUGGCAACAACAUCACAUGGAUCGAGGCCGGGGCCUUCAGUAACCUCAGGGUGCUGGAGGAGCUGGAUUUGGGCGAUAAUCCGCUGCAGCGCUUGGAAGGUGGAGCCUUCAGGGGCUUGGAGAAGCUGCAGAGCUUGCACAUGCAUCGCUGCAAGCUGGCAGCUCUCCCCCAUGACCUCUUCCUCAAACUGUACAGCUUGCAAUUUCUCUACCUGCAGGACAACCAGCUCCACUUUUUGCAGGAUGACCUGUUCUCAGAUCUAGUCAACCUCAACCACCUCUUCCUGCAUGGAAACCGCAUCCGAGCCCUCUCCGAGAAUGUGUUCAGAGGCCUGGUCAACCUGGACCGCCUCCUUCUCCACGACAACCGGGUCAGGCAGGUCAACCGUCGGGCUUUCCGUGACCUGGGUCGCCUGACCAUCCUUUACCUGUUCAACAACUCACUGGCUGAGCUGCCAGGCCAGGCCAUGAAAGACACCCAAGGCAUCCAGUUCCUCCGCCUCAAUGACAACCCCUGGUCCUGCGGCUGUGAGGCUCAAACCCUGUGGGAGUGGUUCCGCAAGGCCCGCAUCUCCUCCUCUGAGCUCAUGUGCACCUCACCAUCCCAACGUCGCGGCCAGGACCUCCGAUUCCUCAGGGAGAUGGACUUCGCCCUCUGCCCUCUGCCUGACCCCGGCUCCUUGGCGGGAACCACCACGAAAACCUUCAGCACCAAGACCCGCUGGUGGUUCUCCAAGCACAAGCCUGCAUCUUCAUCCAAGGCCUCGUACAAGAAGACCACUGAGGCGGUAAAAGCCUUCCCUUUCCCCGCGGGAAAGCCUCAGUCCCUCCCCAAAACCCCCUCCGAGACCUUCUCCUCCAAGUACGAACUGUCGGAGGAUGAGGCGGCGCUCCCCAAGCUGGACCAAGAAGAAUACUGGUCCAACUACGGAAACGAAGACGCCUCCGUUCCCUGCUUCGAUCUGGAGUGCCCGCCAGGCUACAACAACCGAGCCUUCCCCUCAUCGUCUUCCAUGCCCAGCACCCCGUCCCUCCUCCACCUCCUCUCCCUCUGCAUCGUCAGAUUCUCCCUCCAUUUUCUUUUUGGCUGAACUCUUCUCUCCUCCACUCCAUUUUCUUCCUUCUGAUUUCUCCCUGGGCUCUUUCCGACUCUUGACAAAAAAUAACCUAAUUCCUUUCAGUUACCUCCUCGACACGCAGGAGGUGCUACACUGAUGCAGGUGACAUACAUGCAAGGGAGCUGUUGAGCUGAUGUAGAGCAGGGCAGAAGUUCUAUAUUGAAGUAGCUGCUGCUGACGAGUACAGGCUUUAAACAGUAGGGCUCAGACCAUUGAAUCUGACUCCGAUAGUGGCGGCGAAAAAAAGACGAAACCUACCACAACAUGAGGAAAGGAUAGACGACUACGCUCACAGACAGUUGGGGACGUCUCCAUACGUCUUUUAAUAUCAGCUGUAAACAACGCAGGCGUUGGGGAUCGUCGAUCAUCAGCUAUUUUCUAUAUUCAGAGCAUACCAUCCACUCACUGCUUGCAUUGUCCCUUACUAAUCAUUCUACCGAUGCAAUGUGAGCUUAAGAUACGCAUUCAAAGGCAGAGAAUGUUGAGAGGCUCAUUAGAACUGCAGCCGAGAGCGGCUCUCCUUUCUUCUUCCGCUUCAAAACCCAAAGGUGCACGCAAACCACCACCGCCCACUCUUGUACAUACUAGGCAUCAUGACUGUACAUAUCACAUCCUGAACUACUCUGUAUUUAAGACUAGCUGGAUUUUGUACUUUUCAUUUCAUUACCAUUCAAUGAAGGACAGCUUGUGGUGAUAGAAGAGAUACAUAGGUUGUAAGUGGAAGGCAAACCGAUGAAAAGUGGAAACUCCUCUUUUGCCCCUCGUGUUUUUUUUGUCUCGUCCUUUUCUCAGGCAACCAACAGAUGUUCUGCUCCAGGUUCUGAGUUUCUGUGUGUGCGUGUGUGUGUGUGUGCGUGCGUGUGUGGUGUGUGUGUGUGUGUGUUUGAGUUAGUUUUUGUUGGCCGUUGCUGAGAGAGUUCGAUUAGGUCUUCUCUUUAACGCUUGUGUUUAUGUGUCUGUUUUUCCAAACAGGGCAAGGCUAAAUCCUUUACAGCCCUUUGUGUUGUUUGAAGCAUCAGGUGCCUCUAUUGUCUCCUGUUGCAUCAUAGGUUACAGACCUGUAGGGACUAAGAACUAUACUGUUUCAGAAAUGCGUGGGAAGAAAACUGUUCGAUUUACAUUUGCUAAAUUCAAGGUAUUUUCAUCCAAAUGUUGUAUUGGUACUACGGGAACUACAGAGCACUAUUAGACCAUGUGGGCGAUCAAGCUGUCAUACAACAAAUCAUCUUUUUCAUAUUAAAGCUGUACUUUAUAAGAUAACCUUUAUGACUCCACUGUGUGUUUGAGUUUAUGGGCGGUCUGUUCAGCACGAUGCCAGUCUGACCUGAUUGUGAUCGAACUGCAAGUUCAUUGUCAAUCCCAAAUGAUAGAAAGUUAAAACCUAUCAACCGACACUGUAAAUGAGUUUCUACACAAGAAGGAUGCUGUGACACUGAUAGAUCCUGUAUUUUUCAAAAACCUGUUGGAAAAAUGUUUUGCUUAAUUGAAAUAAAGAAACAAACAAAAGAGAA